AUGUACAAGCACUUUAUUGAUGAUUUGUUGCUGAUUUGGUGUGGUCCAGAACAUUUAAUUGUUGAUUUUGUAGGUUAUCUCAACAACAAUGAUAUGGUUUUGCGGUUCACAUUUGAGUACAAUUCUAAAUCCAUAAAUUUCUUGAAUGUGACCUUAAAAGGUAAUGAAGAUGGUACCAUUGACUCCAGUGUGUACCGCAAGCCAAUCUCAGGUAAUACACUUCUCCAUGCCAACAGCAGCCACCCAGAGCAUGUUAGAUAUGCAGUGACUAAGGGUCAGUUCGCGAGAUUGAAACGUAAUUGUAGUAAUCCUUCAGACUACUCAAUGGCUGCUGAUGACUUGGAGAGGAGGUUACAAGAAAGGAAGUACUCCAAGAGAGAUAUUGGAAGGGCAAGAAAAGAGGUAAAUGACGUUGAUAGGCACACUUUAAUUACAGAAAAUGAAUCACGAGAUAACCCUUCACAAACACAAGGAGUAUACUUCGUAACAGGUUACAGCUCUCAAUAUACAAAAAUUUGUGCUAUCUUCAAAAAGCAUUUUGCCCUUUUGUCAGCGAAUGAUGGGUUGCAGGAGGUAGUCAAGAAAGGUUUGAGAUGCUCUUACCGCAAGAGUCACACUCUAGGGUCAAGGUUAGCACCUACACAACUCAAACAGAUAGGGAGUUCCACCAGCUCAUGGUUAAAACAUCCGGGUUACCUACUGGCUCUGGGGCCGCUGCUCUUUGUUGGCAUCUGUGACGUUUGGUUGGAACUCUUCACCUUUCACCAGUCGUACGCUAUUAAUCUGGUGGCCGUGGGAGUGGUGGCGUUCGGAUGCACAGUGCAGCAGUCCAGUUUCUACGGCUACACAGGAAUGUUACCCAAGCGAUACACACAGGGAGUGAUGACCGGAGAAAGCACUGCCGGGGUGGUCAUCUCACUGAGCCGGAUUUUCACCAAACUGCUGCUGCCAUCAGAGAAAGAAAGCACCAUCAUCUUCUUCUUUAUAUCAAUCUCCCUGGAGCUCAUGUGCUUUGUCCUUCACCUGCUGGUCAAGCGGACCCGGUUUGUUGAAUAUUACACGGCUCGGACACAAGGGAGGGCUACACAUGUCAAAGAAGGACAAGCAGAGCAGAGCUUUGGCUACCGAGUGCAUCACAAUACGCUGGCGGAAGACGUGAGACUUGAUAACGGAGGUACCUCCCCCCCAAAUAGCCAGGAGCUGCAGUCAGACGUUGCCGGUGGUGGCGCCUAUGUAAGGUUUGAUGUACCUGUAGCAAAAGUGAAGAGGAGCUGGCCAAGUUUUAGAGACAUGAUGCUGCAGAGGUACUUGGUGCUGCGAGUUAUCUGGGCGUACAUGCUCUCUAUCGCAGUCACCUACUUCAUUACGCUGUGCCUCUUUCCUGGUCUGGAGUCAGAGAUCCGGAACUGCACCCUCGGCGAGUGGCUUCCUAUCCUCAUUAUGGCGAUUUUCAACCUUUCUGACUUUGUGGGGAAGAUCCUGGCAGCUCUGCCCUAUGACUGGCAUGGUAGUCACCUUCUCAUCUGCUCUAGUAUCCGCGUGGUGUUUAUUCCGCUCUUUAUAAUGUGUGUCUACCCAAGUGGGAAACCGACAUUUAGUCACCCAGCCUGGCCGUGCAUCUUCUCGCUACUAAUGGGAAUCAGUAACGGUUACUUUGGCAGUGUACCAAUGAUCCUAGCAGCUGGACAAGUCAGCCCUGAUCAGCGGGAACUGGCAGGAAAUACAAUGACUGUUUCCUACAUGACCGGUCUCACACUCGGCUCUUCAGUAGCCUAUGCUGCCUACAGCCUUGCUAGUACGUCUCACAUUAUUUGUCUUCACACAGAGACCUAUAACAGUUCCCUAACACCACACGACUGAGUGCCCAGUAAUAUGAGACUUGCUGGAACUGUAAUGUUCAGUUCAAUGAACUAGGAACCAAGUGCCAACAUCUUUCUCACUGCCAGAUAGAGGCCCCAGGGGGUCUAAAUUGUGCCAAAUCCUUUAAUAUGUUCCACUGAUGAUGUGCUCUACGCUUGAUGGUUAGCACAGACUGAAGGUUGUUGCCCAAAAAGAAGCUGCUAGUUCCGCCUGAACAUUGAGGAACUUGUUGCCUGUAGGUGGCUUUGGUACGGUUCUGCUGCUUUAUAUUAUAGCUACAUUAUCUGCCAAAGCUAAACAUCCUGAAGGAUGGGUUUACUGUUUAAUAUUAAUAUCUAUAUUCUUGUAUGAAAUGGACAAUAUAAACAUCCCUGCACCAUAGACCGUAGUGUUAUUUGUGGGUGUUUGCUGCAUGGGGACACAGUGACUUAACUAAUGCAACAGAGCGACACAAUAACUGAAUACCAUGACGCUGUGAGUGUGACUGUUGUGUGAUCUCCCCUCGGUUCUAAUGUAACUGAGCAUCCGGCACACAUGGAUAAAGAAGUUGUGCUGUCUCUGUGUACGGACUGGACCUUCUGUUUAAUGUAACCUCUGUUUUGUAUUGUUUAAACUGCAGCUGAUAAAUGUUACUGUGUGCGUCACCCGAGUGUCCUUGUUUGCUUUAGCCACAUGGUACUUACAUCAGAACCCUCUGGCUUCAAGUGCUCAGAACCAUGAGCUUGUCCAGACCUACAGUGAAAUUAUUAUCUGGGAUAGGAACUUGAGUCAUUAACCUAUUGACGGAGGAGUGUAGGCCUAACCUAGGGUAUAGACUGUGCUGCUUGUAUUUAUGUGUCACUGGUCAUUUCUUCAGGUGACAGAGGUGAGGUUAUUACAAGGAUCUACUGCUUCACCAGAUCAUAAAUUAAUAAGAAAAAGGACUUGACACAAUGGAUUAAAAUCACACUCUAGUAAUGUUAUUAACGGCUGAUAACGGAUAUUAUUUUUGUAAAUUCUGUGUUUUGCUCUCUAAAAUUGUAGUUUUAUUUUGUAAGCUAAUUUAAUAAAACAAUAUGGUGUGGUUAAA